AUGGCGCCCGUGGAGCGCGAAGCUUCCAGGGACGCUGAUCGUCCUCUGAGACACAGGCAAUCAAUGUCGUCUGAUCAGGGCAGAGCUCUGGUGCCCAUACUGAUGAAGACCAGGUGGGACAGCUCAGAUCCCGACAGGGCACCACCGCCUUUGCCCAUGAAUCCGCAAUCGCCAGUUACAACCUCUAGAAAAGGAACUUCUGUUGCCAUUCAGUCUGCCCACGCCGCUCUGAACGAAAGGGCUCGCGAAAGCGCCAUGCUUCCGGCACCCUUGACCAAAAGGAAUACAGAAACCUCCCCCGAGCGUUCUCUUAUCAAAGGUUCCCACCACAAACGCAUGCAAUCCCUACAACCAGGAAACGUCAGAGACCUUAGCCUGCUGUUGGAGAGUGGCCAGCAGUCCAAUCCCCCGUCUCCAACCAAGUCCCCCGAGCGGACGCGUCCUUCCACCCCGGCAGCGAACAGAAGAGACAGCUUUGCCGAUACAAGAAGAGACAGCUUUGCCGACAGCCGAAGAGAUAGCUUUGCAGACCUGAGAUCUACGGAGAGAGAGGCGACCACGCCGUCUUCAGUUCAAAGUCAGACGCCAGUCGCGCGUCCGGCAAUGAAACGACAACAACAAAGCAUUUUGGGUGAAAACACACCUCCGCAAUCUGCUACCAUGCUUGCCAUACAGAAUAUGCCGCUUCAAGGUCAGCAGGAAAAAGAGAACGUUGCAAAUGGCUCUACUGCACUCGUCAAGGCUCCUCAACAGGUCGAAGCCCUUUCAGGGCAGAUCCUGAGCCUCACUGGUAUCGCUACAGCUCUUCAGAAAGACAUGGCCCAAUUGAGCCGACGCAGUCGCGACAAUGCCACCGACUUGCUGAGCCUGAAGGAAGCAACAAAAGCUCGGGACGAGGAUAUCCGCAAGAGCUUGCGCGAGCUCAUCAAUAAUGCCCAGGAUGCAGCGAGCAGCAGGCCGAGCUCUCGCGACCCCUUUGUCAACAGCUUGUUCCUCGAUAGCAAGCCCCACCACACUUCCCCUCCACCAAGCAAAUCUGGACGCCCUUUUUCUCUGCCUAGAAUUCCUUCACCCAAUAGCUUUGCGGCAAACAUAGAUCGAGAUGCCUUGAGUACGCCCUCGCUUUGUAACUCAGAGUCCCCGACUACCAUCGCGAUACUGGACAAGAUUAUCAGGGACAUGGGUACGAAGGAGGGACACGACCUUCUUCUUGCUCGCCUGACUGACGUUGUCGAGAAGCUUGCUGGAGUGGCGCCCGCUUCAAAGGUCGAUGAGCUGAUCCAGCUCGUCAAGACUAAGCCAGCUGAUGCCAUUAUCUCACGAAGUGGCGGCGGCCAUGGAGAGAGCAACAGGAACUUGCCUCGCGCAGCUGGCUUCGACGAUGAUACCAACAGCAUGGACUUUGAUUUCGACCCUGGAUACGCAAGUCAGCUCACCCACCGAUCCGAGAGGGCGUUAUACAACGAGCCUGCCUCAAGAUCUGCUGCGCCAUCUGCCAAUGCUUCUGAGAUUGUCAGUGACGAAGUGCUCAAAAUUAUUCGUACCGUCAAGGAUAGCGUAGCACAGGGGGGCGGCCUUACUGCAGAAGUCAAGGCUCUCGUCCGGGAGCUUCGUGGCGAAGUCCUCGGUAUGGGACGGGAAAUUGGUAGGAGACUGGACGAGGCCCACGCGCAACCAACGUCUGCCGAGCCUUCGACCGAUAAUGACGAAAUUUCGAAGAUUGUACACGAGGGCCUCGAACAGAUGAGAGAGCACAUGGACGAGCUUCUUCGUGAGCAUCGACGACAGUCCGCCAACUCUGUGUCGUCAAGGGCAAUAGCAGUCGACUAUCAAGAAAUUUAUAAUGCUAUGAGAGCAGCGCUCCGAGAUUCUCAAUCAUCGCAGGAGAAGGAGCCCGAUCUGAACCGGGAGGAUGUCAUUGAGGCUGUCAGGGACGCCUGGGAAAACUAUAAGCCAGAGAUUGAAAACCAAGAUCCCGGCCUCGGGCGGGAGGAGAUCCUAGAGUACCUCAAAGAAGGCUUGCAGGACUACGUGGACAGGGACCAGGGGCCCGUGGGAGCCUCGCGAGAGGAGGUUUUCCAAGCAGUCGUUGAGGGUCUCAAGCAUUUCUCACCGCCUCGCGUCGAGACACCAGCAAGCCUCUCGCGAGACGAGAUUCUCGAAGCUGUUCGCGAGUGUCUGGAGGAAUUCGAGUUCCCUGUUGCCCCAUCGGCAUUCACCCAAGAGCUCACCCGAGAGGACAUGCUUCAGGCGGUCAAGGAAGGCCUCAGCGGAUACGAUCUGCCCAGCGCCGGAGCUCUAGUACCCCACCAGAACAACAACGAGGAGGUCGUCACUCGUUUGCAGGAGAUCCUUGAGUACAUGCGUGGGGAAUUCCGAGCAGUGACAGAGGAUGCAAAAGUGAACGCCGCCGCCAACGGACGCGAUACUGAGCAGAUUCUGGAUGCCACCAAGGACGGUCUGGAGAAGCUUCGUGCCGACAUGGAGGCAUUUGUCAGUCAUUUGAGCGGCAGCACCGAGCAAGAAGACAUCACCCAGACUCUUCUCGGCACAUUGGAUACCUUCAGAGACGAGAUGGCUUUGUUGGUCGACCGCGUUUCGAGCGAUUCCAGGUCGACAAUCGAGACACACAUGGAGUCACUCCGCGAUACUGUCAACUCCUCCAUGGUGCCAGUAACUCCACAAGUCAACCAGAAGGAGAUCAUCGAAGCUGUAAGAGAAGGAAUUGACAGCGUGCGUGCAGAGCUGCGCCGACCCUUUGCCGGAGUCACGGACAUUUUGGACGCUCUUCAUGAUGGCUUGGCGGAUGUGCGCAUCAGCAUCGAUAAGGUCGCGAACCGGCCAGCCGAUCUUACAGCCAACGAUGAGAUUCUCGAUGUAUUGAAAGCCGGGCUGGACAACGUUCGCUCGGAAAUCGAUAGCCUUCGGGAACAGCAAGGCCAGAACGACAAGGCUUUGACGACCAUGCAUGACGGCGCUAUUGUCCCGGCUGAUACCCUCAAGCAGGAUGACAUCAAGAACCUCGAGGUACUCAUCACCCAGCUCCGGAUCAAGAUCGAAGCCAUGGAACCUGCGAACGCCGACCCUGUCGCCAAAGACGAUCUUACCCGUAUGGAGGAUAUGCUUCAUUCUCUUCAGGAAUCUGCAUCCAAGGACGACAUACUCCGUCUCGAGGACAUGCUUCGACUCGUACAAGAGUCCGUCUCUAAGGACGAGACUUCCCGGAUCGAAGAAGUCUUGCUCAAUGCCCAGAAUUCCGUGACCAAGGAGGACGUAGCACGUCUGGAGGAAGCAAUUCAGCCAAUUCAGGAGUGGGUCAAGUCCAAGGAGAGCCCGGUAAGCACCGAUGCUUCAACCAAGGAGGACGUCCAAGCGAUUGAAACCAUCCUUCGUAAUACCAAGGGUCGGCUGGACGAUCUCAUCGAUAAUGAGCAAGCUGUGCGAAAAGAGCACCUGGACAGCCUGGAGAACACCAUACUGGAAACCAGAGAGGCCAUCAAUCUCAUUACAACGCAGCUGGAUUCUCUCCCGAAAAGGGAUGACGUGACAUCCGUGGAAGCAUUGGUUACGCAAGUUGCUGCAGGCUUCGAAGAAAUGAAGGAGAGCGCUGCCAAGCAAUUGGAGGAUCCCGAGCGUGUCACCAAGACUGACGUUGAGGCUGUGGAAGCCGCAUGCCACGAUAUCAAGGACGUAUUCGACCAAAUGCUCAAGACGGAUAUGGCGGUCCUAGUCACCAAGGAAGAUCUGAAAAAGACACAGACGACCUUGGAGGAACUCAAAGGCCCCCUCCAGGCUUUGGUUGUCCUGGAGGGGCUCAAGGAAGGACUGCAGGAGGGUAUCAAAGCCCCAUUGGACGAGUUGAAGACUGAACUGAAGACGGAACUGAAGACUCCGAUGGAGGAGCUCAAGACUCCACUCGAGGAGCUCAAGACACGACUUGACUCCCUGACCGAGUCACACGACAAAGGGGGCGAAGAGCGCCAGGCCGAGAUUGUCGGUGUUGGCGAACGUGUCACCGAAGUCAAGACCCUCCUUGGAGAGUUCCGGGAUUUGGUCAACGGCAAACUCGAAGAGGGUGCCACUGGAGUCGAAAGCCUCUCAAAGCUGCUCGAGGGUGUGUCGACAGCAGUAGAGAACAACGCAUCCGUGAGCCAGGACCUGAAGGAUCUCUCUGACAUGAUGAAGAUAGAAUUCGAGGAGUCCAAGGCCGGCGUAGUGGGUGCUAAGUUGGAGUCCGACGAAAAGUUCCAGCAAACCACCGAUGCUCUGAGCGCCAAGAUUGAGGAAAAUGUCACGGCUCUAAUGACCAAAUACGAUGAGUUUCACGUUGCCCUCGAUGACCGCGCAAAGGCCGGGGAGGAAAGAGAUGCCAGCACUGAAGAGGCGGUCCUGGGUACCAAGGCUGUUGCCGAAGAGCUCAAAUCUCUCGUUGACACACUUGGCGCUGCAGUUACCGAUUCGAUGGAGAAGAUGGAGGAGGCGUCCAAGACCGUGUUCACUAGGGUUGAGGAUCUCAUGAUGAAGUCGGAGGAGAACCAUUCGGAUGGGAAAGCCGAGCACCAGCAAACUCGGGACCACCUGAAACAAGCUGUCGAGGCCGUCGAAGGUAUUCAGGGUCAGCUUGUUGAAUCCCAGCCUCAGAUCCUGGAAUCGAUCAAAGAUGUCUUGCUCAUCGUCGGUCAACAUUACGAUUACGCCAAGACGUCAACAAACGACAUCCAGAAGACAAUCGAGGAUGCUAAACCAGUCGAGCUCGCUCUGCCACCAAUUCCCGAGAAAUAUGACGACACUGUGGUCCUCGAGAAACUUACCAAGCUGAUCGAGCAUUCCGAGGUUCCGGUCGAGAAAUAUGAUGACGCAGGUGUUCACGAAAAGCUUGACAAGCUCGUCGAACAUGCUUCAGUCCCUCCUGAGAAGUACGACGACGCGCCAGUACAUGAGAAGCUUGACAAGAUUGUGGACCAUGUUUCUACGCCAGUAGAGAAGUACGACGAUACGCCCGUUCAUGAAAAGCUUGACAAGCUUGUAGAACAUUCUCAAGUGCCUGUCGAGAAAUACGACGAUGCGCCAGUGCAUGAGAAACUUGACAAACUUGUAGAGCACUCUCAGGUGCCUGUCGAGAAGUACGAUGACACGCCCGUUCAUGAGAAACUCGACAAACUUGUGGAGCACUCUCAGGUGCCUGUCGAGAAGUACGACGAUACGCCAGUGCAUGAGAAGCUUGACAAACUCUCUGAGCAGCAGUUGUUGAUCCCAACGGAGAAGUACGACGACGCAGUGGUCCAUGAAAAGCUCGACAGGAUUGCUGAGUUCCAGUCUCUGCUCCCAACCGAGAAGUACGACGACGCGGCGGUUCAAGAGAAGCUCGACAUGCUUGCCUGUGGGCAGUCUCUGAUCCCCACGGAGAAGUACGAUGACGUGGCAGUGCAUGAGAAGCUGGACAAGCUCGCUGAGCAGCAGUCGUUGAUUCCAACCGAAAAGUACGAUGACACAGCAAUUCGGGAACAGCUAGGAAUUCUAGCCGAACAGCAGUUGCUGAUCCCGACCGACAAGUACGACGACGCAGCUGUGCGAGACAAGCUGGACAGUAUUGCCGAGCAGCAGGCUUUGAUUCCCAUCGACAAGUACGACGAUGCGGCCGUUCACGUGAAGCUGGACGAGCUUGUUGACCAUAGUCACGCUGCUGAGAAGGCGCUUGGCCAGCUUGACACUCUUGAAAAGGUCCAUCAGCAAGUAAUUCAAACAGCCACGGACAUCUCGCUCUUCCUUGCUAGCCAGGCCAAGAAGAUCAAAGAGGAAGAGGACGACAGAGAACAGACCCUCCAAGAAGUCACCAUCGAUCUAGAACGCAAGUUUGCUCUCAAGGAGCAGAUCGAGGCCAGCUUGCUGGAUCUGAAACAGGAGGAAGAGAGACUUAGGGCUUCUGUUCUCGGACUGCGAACGGAGCAAGAAAGUCUCAUUCGCCAGAAGACAAGGCUCACAGGUGAUGUCUCGUCUCUAGAGACUGCACUGCACAUUCGUCGAGACGAGCUUCACGACAUGGAAUCUCGUGCCGAGGGGCUGGAGCGCCGCAUCCUGGAAGGCGUUAUGGACCAUUCCCGCGUCCUUCUGAUGUCAAAGGCUACCAAAGGGCGCGACGCUAUGAGCCGUAAGCGUGUCCGGGACCAGAAGCCGGGUCAAGAGAACGGGGUGCCUGAGAAGCCUGCAUCCCCUGCCGUCAACUUGGCUCUUUCUGCCAAACGCAACCUGAAGCCUCCAUCGCAAGCGGGUGCUGCCCGCCGCAUCCUGUCCCUGAGCCAGAUUACGAACAAUGUGCCUAGUGGUGGUGUUCAGCGCAGCCAGAGCGUCAGGACUGCUGGUGCGAAGGGCCAUCGCAAGUCUAGCUGGGCUGGAGGCUUUUCGAAGGGCUACGGAGAUCUCGACAAGGAGAACAUGUCAUUGAAGGAGACUGAGGAGGAGAAUAUGCCCAGUCCCACGCCAACAAUGCACGAAAAUCCAGCCAGUGGCGAUGAUCCCAGUGAUACCGAGACAUUGCGUCGUAGCAGUCAUGGCAGCCGUAUGAGCCGUGGAAGCCGCGGUACAACUGUCGUAACGGAGAGCACCGACAACUAUACUGGCGACGGAGACUAUUCAGACUAUUAUGACGACAACCAAAGCGAUUUACAGAGUGACCUCCAGAACGAGUGGACCGAGAGUGUCGUAAGCUCAAACGUCAGUUCUAAUCUCAAUUCAGACGUUGGCUCCAACCUUAGUCAAGAGACUCUCAAUGAUGAGGUCGCAAUAGUGGGGGAAGCGGCCUGA